AUGAAUCUGCUUGUCCUUUUGAGUUGCCUCUUUUCCCUAGGAGUGCAAAAAUAUUCACAUGCCUAUGCCCCGCUGAGCGGCAAAAGAGUCCCCUUUACAUUUUCGGGGGACGUCCGUUUGAGUGACCCAAAUGGGGGGAGCAACAUAGAAAGUCAGUCGUCCAGUGCAAAAGACAGAGGGGAUCCUUUUCAAAAUUAUGAACAUGACACGAAGGAGGAAGACAAAAAGGUCGAUGUAUCCAACGCAAGUGUAAUAGAUUCAAUGCACAAAGCGAAUGACGCAGUUAAGAAGAAGUACAGCCUGGAGGGCUUGCCAGGAUCCGGACUGAGUCAAGAGGAUGAAGAAGAGGCCAGAGAAGACAGUAACUUCUUGUCCGACGAUUUGGAGGAAGCGGCUCAGAAUUUUGCGGCAGCCCAGGAUAAGGGGGCCGACCAAACCGAAGAGGACGAAACCAAUGUGAGGAAAUACCAAGCGGAGGUCAUCAACGCCAUGAGUCAGGAUACGCCUUACAAAAAGUUUGAUGCGGGAGAGUUGGAAAAAAUGGAGCAGGCGAUGGAGGGCUCGGAUGAAAUGUGUCUCCAAGAUUUUUCUUUUCCCUGCCCGCUUCAAUUCUUCCGAACCAGUUCCGGAUGCGUCCCGUUGAGUUCAUAUGAAGGGCCAUGCCGCAAGGUGCAAGACAAGCUUCUUCACUUGUAUGAUCACCAGAAGGAGAGUUGGGGCGAGAUCUGUGAUGCCACCUGGCCCUGCUUACCCAAGACGUGCCCCUAUGGGACAGACUACGAUGCGUUGUGUCCAAUAGGCUGGACUGACAUAGGAAAAGGAACCUGCGCUCGCGUGGGUACAAGUGAAAGUGCAAUCGCAAGUGCAAGCGGAAGCGCCAAUACAAAUGCAACGUGUGAGGGAAGUAUAAACUUCUCUAAUCUAUCCAUUGAGAAGAAGAAAAAAAUGCAAGAAAAAUGCGGCAUCAGGUGGAGAUGCAAAUCCGUCACGUUCGAAACGAACUUCGAUGAUAUGUGCCCCCUCAAUUGGAAACAAAUUGGCCAACACAGAUGCAAAGCACCGACCGAUUAUGACGGGCCCUGUCCAGAAAUCGCUAAUUUGAAAAAAUACAAAUCUGAGGAAGGAAAAAGAAGCAUCGAAAAUGUCUGCCUCGUCAAUUGGCCCUACACCGUUACGAUAAAUGAGUACCAAAGGGAUUACUCCGCCCCGUGCCCCAUUGGAUGGUCCCCGAUGGACAAUGGACUAUGUCUGGCCCCAGAGAAUUACCGGAAAAGCGCCAAGUGCAGCGACGAAGUUUUAUUCGCUGCAAUGAGUUCGCAGCAGAAGGAGUCCCACUCCAUCGCGUGUGAGGUGGAUUUCCCCUUCAAAGAGAGGGACCACUGCUUGCGCAAUUACUCCUUGGCGUGUCCCCUAGGUUGGGUGCCUUCCAUGAAAAGGGGCUAUUGCAAAGCCCCAGUUAGCUACAAGAGCAAAAUAUGCAAAGGAUACUACAAAUUUGAAAACGUUUCGGACAGUCAGAGAAAUUACUUCCUAAAUUUUUGUGCCAUUGACUGGCCCUGCGAAGGGGAGAUCCAGAACUCAGGGAUUUACAUGCGACUUCCCGUCGGGCAUUCGACUAAACGACCGGAAAAUAGGCCCAGAGGCCCGGUGGACUCUGCAACGGGAGCAAUUAUUUAG